UUUAAGUCGACUAGUAGUUGUUCAUUUAAGCCAUAAAUUCACUAAUCACAUGUAUAUUAAUUUAAUUUCUUAAAUACUGCAGAGAAUAAACCAUAAUAAAUAGGCUAUAGCACUCAAGCGCGCAUAAAGCUUACCAUAAAGAACCGGCAAAAGUAAUGAUUAUGAAUGUGACAAAAACAACAAGGAGGCAUUUUAAUUGUUUAUUAAUAAAGUAAUGUUUUCUGAAUCAGUGUUGGCUGCAAAGAUGAAGUUAAAGGGUUAGUUCACCCAAAAAUGAAAAUAAUGUCAUUAAUUCCUCACCCUCAUGAUGUUCCACACCCGUAAGACCUCCGUUCAUCUUCGGAACACAAAUAUAUAUAAUCAUGUCACAGUGUUUCGAAAAAAGUAAGUGAAAAGUUUAGAGUGGGCAGUUUUAACUCCUCAAGACAAACAAGACUGUUCAAUAAAGGCAUUAAAUUAUUGUUUGUGUUGUAGUGUCACAUUGUGUACUUGUGACUUUGAUGAAGAUCAGAUGACAAUUUUAUGACAAAUUAAUGCAGAAAACCAACCAAGUCCAAAAUUCAAUUCAAUUCAAUUCACAUUUAUUUGUAUAGCGCUUUUCACAAUACAUAUUGUUUCAAAGCAUCUUUCCACUGAAACAAAAACCUCAUGUCAUCGUGCAUAUGAUGCUCAGACUCAGGGAUAGGCCAUAUACGCUCUUGGAGCUUUGUCUUGUCGUUGCAACAAAAAAUAUAAACACAAUCCUCCGGUAGCUUUUUACUAUGAUCUCCGACCACGCGAAAUCUUAUGUAGGGAGUCACACCAUCCCACUCUGCGAUGUACAAUGGAUCAUCACCGCAGUCAUUCAAAUCUCUCCAAAUGUAAUUGAAAAACAUAAACCAGUCUUUCGCAGGGAAGAUCAAACAAGGGUCUUGUCAUGUAAAAUCAUCUCCAACAUCCACAGUGUAGAGCAUGCAACCAGUGCUUUAAGUGGCCCAAAAGAGGUGCCGGUACUCUAUUAUAGCCUAUAUAUACAUACAUACAUAUAUAUAUAUAUAUAUAUAUAUAUAUAUAUAUAUAUUAGGGAUGCCACAAUUCUCAAUAUAAUAUUGAACCGUUCGGUACGACAUCCACGGAUCAAUACGCCCUUGUGAAUUGCGGUUUUUUCGGUUUUACGUUUAAAUAAUUUAUGUGCGUUUUAUUUCUCUCCAAAUUGACUGUUUUUGUGCCUGUAAGUCUAUGAGCUGAGAUGAGGAAACUCCUCCCCGCUAGUAAAUUUUCAAUCACUAUGCUCUAAAGUUAGGGGGUGCUGAACCGUCUUUCCACACUUUAACAUGGCGAGCGGCGGUGAAGAGAGGCUUCAGUACGAGGAGGCGCCGGCGUCUUUCAAAUCCGUGGUGUGGAGACAUUUCGGUUUUGCCGUUGAGUAUAAUGCAGAGGAAGAAAAAACGGUAAACAAAAAAAUGACUGUCUGCAAGCAUUGUUUUACAUGUUUAACCUACUCAAACGGAAACACUUCCAACAUGACUGCACAUCUGCGGCGCCAUCACCCAGCAAUAUCACUGUCUGAAGGCAGGAUAGCAGAGCAGGUAAUAAAGUCCUCCAAAAAACAACAGUCCCUUGCUGAAUCCUUCCAGCAUACAUACCCAGCUGGUUCCGAGAGACACAUAAAAAUAACAAAGGCAGUGGGGGUGUUCAUUGCCAAAGAUUUGCAGCCGUUUUCGGUGAUUGGAGAUGCGGGCUUUUGUCAUCUUAUAAAAACACUCGAUCCCCGUUACAGACUACCGUCUCGCACUUUUUUCAGCACUGAGAUAAUUCCCCUAUGAAAUAAUUCCCCUAUGAAAAGACACGCAACAGUAUUGUGUACGAAUUGGCUAAAGCACAGAGCCUUGCUCUGACCACAGAUAGUUGGACCUUGCGGGCAACCGUGAGUUACCUCACUGUUACUGUUCACUACAUGUCGGAUUGGGAAAUGAAAAGCGUUGUACUCCAAACCCGUUCCGUGUAUGAAAGUCAUACAAGCGCUCAUUUGGCAGAAGAGUUGACAAACGCAGUGAAUAUGUGGAAGUUGAGGAGGCCAAAUAUGUUACUCCCAGUCACCACAGAUAACGCUCCGAAUAUUGUGAAUGCAGUCCAUGAAGCUGAUGGGCUGGGGCCACAGAUAAGUUGUUUUGCGCAUGUUGUAAACCUAGCAGCCAAGAAAGCAGUGUCAAUCAACACAGUGUCCCGCCUCCUGGGGAGGGUUAGAAAAAUAGUGACUUUUUUUCACAAAAGCACCAAAGCCCACCAUGUUUUGACUGUGAAGCAGGAGAUGUUAAACUUGCCCAGACACAAGUUAAUUCAUGAUGUCACAACUCGGUGGAAUACAGUACAUGACAUGUUGGAAAGAUACAUAGAACAGCAGCCCGCCAUCUAUUCUGCCUUACUGGACAAAGAUCUGAAGCUGUCUGUCAAGAACAUAACCAUGUUGAAUGACAGUGAACAGAAACUGGCAGAAGAACUGAUUCAGGUCCUCACUCCACUGAAAACAGUGACAACUCUCAUGAGCAGUGAAACAACCCCCACUAUAUCAAUUAUCCUUCCUCUGAAAGAGAUGAUUCUCAAAUCCAUGUCACCAGGAGACCAGGACAGUGCAACAGUCAAAGAAGCCAAAGCAGCCAUUACAAAUGACCUGGCAAAGAGGUACACUGACCCUAAUCUUCAUGAUUACCUCCAAAUGGCCACAGCCCUUGACCCCAGGUUUAAAUCCCUGCCUUACCUUGAUGAAGACUCUCGUGAUAAGCUCUACAGGAAUAUCAUCCAUGAAAUUCUGGAGAGUGAGCAGCAGGCUCUAGUGGAGAAUCCUGUGCCCUCCACAGAGGAGGACAAUCCAUCCUCUCCCCCUCCCAAGAAGAAGACAGCAAUGUCAGAGGUAUUUGGGGAGCUUUUCAAAACUGAGGAACAGCAGGGUAGGCCAUUUCCCCAGAUUAUUGAGGAGGAAGUCACCACAUACAAGUUAGCAGACAGUAUUCAUGUGGAUGCUGAUCCAUUCAUAUGGUGGAAAACAAAUGAAUGCAAGUUCCCCCAUGUAGCAAAAGCAGCACAACAACACCUCUGUGUCCCAGGAACCUCUGUUGCGAGUGAGAGAAUUUUCUCCACUGCCGGGGACAUUGUAAGUGCAAUACGCUCUCGCUUUGCUGCAGAGAAUGUUCACAGGCUUAUCUUUUUACAGAAGAACCUCAAAAUACAGGAAUAGAUAGCUGACUUAAGUGAAAUUGCACUUUACAUUCUGAAUGAAGGAUACUGUACUGGAGUACUGUUAAGUUUAAUUAAGAUGGUUUAUUUAUGUUUACUGAAGUACAAGUAUGUUUAUUUGAAAUGGUCAAUUUAUGUUUACUAACUUCACAUGUAUGUUUAUUUUCAUGUGUUCCCCAGUUUGUACAUGGGUUACCAGCAGCUGUGAGAUGUCAGUGUUAAUUUUAAAAUAAAAAAUUAUUUUAUAUUAUACAAUACACUAGGAACUAGUGGACUUUUCUUUGCUUUUAAGUAAAAUAAAAGUGUAUUGCAAUAAGUCGUUUUUAUUUUUUCUUCUUAACCUCUUACUGUUCCUAUUGCCUAAGCAUAGAAUAACAAAAAAACACUCUUAUGUCAAGCCAUCAGAACAGAACCGAAACGAAACGAAAACCGUGGUUAAAAAAACCGAGGUAUG